UGGGGAGAAAGGAGGCGAUGAAUCCAGACAGGACUCAGAUAAUUCUUGACCCCAGGUACACAGCAGAUCUUCUGGAGGUACUGAAGACCAAUUACAGCAUCCCCUCUGUCUGCUUCUCGUACCCUCCCACGGCAGCCCAAUUCUUGAGAGCAUUGGGCCCUGUGGAAAUUGCCCUCCUGAGCAUCAUGACCUUGCUUGUCCUGGGCUCAAUUGCCAUCUUCCUGGAGGAUGCUAUCUACCUAUACAAGAACACCCGCUGUCCCAUCAAGAGGAGGACUCUGCUCUGGACUAGCUCUGCACCUACGGUAGUGUCUGUGUUCUGCUGCUUUGGUCUCUGGAUUCCCCGUUCCCUCACACUCGUGGAAAUGGCCAUAACCUCGUUUUAUGCUAUGUGUUUUUACCUGGUGAUGCUGGUCAUGGUGGAGGGCUUUGGUGGGAAGGACGCAGCAGUGAGGACCCUGAAGGACACCCCGAUGAUAAUGCACACAACUCCCUGCUGCUGCUGCUGCUGCCUCUGUUGCCCACGGCUCAUGCUCACCAGGAAGAAGCUUCAGUUGCUGAUGUUAGGCCCAUUCCAAUAUGCCUUCUUGAGGAUAAUGCUGACCCUGGUGGGCUUGUUUCUCAUUCCUGAUGGCAUCUACAACCCAGCAGAUAUUUCUGAGAAGAGCACAGCUCUGUGGAUUAACAGUUUCCUUGGUGCGUCUACCCUGUUCGCUCUCUGGACCCUGAGCAUCGUUUUCCGUCAAGCUAGGCUGCACCUGCGUGAGCAGAACAUGGGAGGCAAAUUUAUUGUAUUCCAGAUGGUCGUCAUCCUGACUGCCCUGCAGCCUGCCAUUUUCUCAAUCUUGGCCAAUGGCGGGCAGAUUGCUUGUUCACCUCCCUUUUCCUCUAAAAUCAGGUCUCAAGUAAUGAAUUGCCACCUCCUCGUACUGGAGACUUUCCUGAUGACUGUGCUGACGCGAAUGUACUACCGAAAGAAAGACUACAAGGUUGGGUAUGAAACUUCCUCUUCUCCAGACCCAGACUUAAACAUCAAAGCCUAAGGUGAAUGGCUUGGACCAUGAAAGAGACGCUGUACUUAUUAGCAGAGCACAAGAUUUCUUCACUGUUCCUUUGACCUUGUCCAAAUGGGGAAGGAUUCCCAUUAUCAGCACAAGCUGGCAGAUUACAUUUGACUAUAAAGAUGAAGGUGAACUAUACAAUAAGAUGAAAUUGUUUUGGAUCUUCCCUAAGGAAGGUGUUUUAAGUUGUGUAAUAAAUAAACAAGAUGAAGUCUGAAACUCUGUAA